UAGCGCCCUCUCGCGGCAGAAUACACACCACGCGGCGAAUUCAUUGAUUGAUCAAGCGCAUCGGGGAAAAAUCGGGAAAAUUAAGAGUUCCAAACUACACGAAAUAAGCAACUUGUAAGCAUGGUAACCAUCGAGCAGUUGUACAAGGACUACGGAGUGCUUGCUGAUGCUGGAGAUAAGGCAGGGGAGCAUGAGGCAGAGUACCGGUCAAUCCUGAGUGCGGUCACGGCCGGGACGAACGAGAAGAAACUAGCUGCGCAGUUCAUCCCUCGGUUCUUCAGAUUCUUCUCUGGACUCGCGGAGACAGCCAUCAAUGCGCAGCUGGAUUUAUGCGAGGAUGAUGAUUGUAUGAUUCGUAGAUCCGCUAUCAAGGAGCUGCCCAACCUGUGCAAGGAGAGCACCGAUCACCUCCUACGCAUCGCUGACGUCCUGGCCCAGUUGCUUCAGUCCGAUGACCCCCACGAGGUCUCCAUUGUAAACAGCGCCCUCAUGUCACUCUACAAGAUUGACAUGAAAGGUACCCUGGGAGGGUUGUUCAGUCAGAUCCUGUCCGGCGAUGACCUAGUCAGGGAGAGAGCCAUCAAAUUCCUCAAUACGCGCCUCAGACUGGGUGGGGCCGAUAACCUACCGAAGGAGGUGGAAGACUUUGCUAUAGAAAAGACGAAGGAGGUGUUGGCGGAUGUGACAGGUGAAGAGUUUGUGACCUUCAUGCAGCUGCUCUCCAAAAUGCCAGCAAUGCAGACGCUGACUGGAAGACAACAAAUGGUGGAUCUAGUGGUGGAGCAAGCUGAUCUGGAGUCACCAUUUCAGCCGCAAGAUGCAGACAUUGUGGAUAGAUUGGUGCAGUGCGUCCGUGAAGCUCUGCAGUUUUUCUCUAAAAACGUCCAGUCCACCAAGUUUGUGGUGUACAUGUGCGACAAUGUCCUCCCAGUCCUGAACGAUGUUGUCCCACCAGGCAGUGGCGAGACAAAGACAGAAGGAACCGAGGACAAAACGCCGUCUGACAAAACCCCAUCAGACAAAACACCAUCAGACAAAACGCCAUCGGACAAAACGCCAUCGGAUAAAACGCCAUCGGAUAAAACGCCAUCUGACUACGACAUCAAGCUGGAGUUACUACGACAACUAGCAGAGAUGUCCACGUUUGCGUUGGACAUCGGCGGAGACGAGACGUUAGGGAGAGUGUUCGAUAAACUUGUGGAGUACAUGCCCUUACCCCCUGCGGAACCAGAGGGGGAAAACGUGGAGAAUGGAAAAGCCACGGACGAACCCAAGCUGCAGUUCUCUUAUGUUGAGUGCCUCAUGUAUACAUUUUACCAGCUGGGGAGAAAACGGCCGGAAUUCCUGGCAGCCGAAGAAAACUCGGAGAGACUCAAAGACUUCAGAAUCAGAUUACAGUAUUUUGCCCGAGGCACGCAGCUGUACAUGAAACAGUUAAGACUAGCUUUGCAGGGUAAAGUUGGCGAGGAAAUGAAGAAAGAAGAGAACAGAUUGAAGGUUGUUGCCCUGCGAGUCACCACAAACAUCAACACAUUAAUUAAGGAUUUAUUCCGUAAUCCCCCAUCCUACAAGAGCACAGUGGUUCUGUCCUGGCGUCCGGUUCAGAAGCAUGCAACAAGUCCCGAGCCUGCUGCGCUAGGACAGAAGCGGAGCAACAUCACCCCCAUUACUUUUCCCAGCGACCCCUCCCCCCCUAAGAAGGUCUCGUCAGGAGGGCAACGUAAACCCCACGUGGCGCGGGUCAUGUACCAACCACCCUCCGGCAAAUACAGCAGUAAGGCAGGAACCGCGCCAAGUGACCCAGAGUUUGGUGUGGGAUACAUGUAUGGUGGUGCUGGAGGGCAGCGACAGACUCAAUGGAGAGGUGGGAGGGGCCAGGGGCGGGGCCAAGGGCGGGGUCAGGGGCGGGGCCGAAGCAGGGGCGGCAAAUGGCGGUACUGAUGACAGCAUUGCGUGUACAUGUACAUUGUAUACAUACAAACGAGUGCUAAGAGUCGAAAAUGGGUUGUCACCACCACAAAAAAAAAGGAUUUUGUCCACGUUAAAAUGGUGGAAGAUGGCAGUUUUUAAGAAUGUGUUUAAGCAUGUGUAUAUUCAUAGAGAAGUGAAUUGAAAUGUGUCAGGUGUGGUCAACUGUAUGCACUCAGCCCUAACUUUACUUAAUAAUAAAACUUAAAAGCAAGGGACUUUUCUAAAUCCCCCAAAAUCCAUCAUUUUCAAGUAACUUUGCAGCUCAGUUUUUGCUUUUCCAACAAAAUUUGGACAGCAAGUCUGCAUGCAUAAUAUUGAAUAGUGUCAUCGCUGUAUACUUCUGCUUCCUAAUUAUCGUUUAAACUCAAAUAAACAAGAUAUUUUUUUGGUGGAUUUUGUAGGAUUUGAGUGAGGAUUUGGAUAAGUGUUAACUCCGAGUUUGUUUUAAUUUUUUCAUUGUUUUGUCAUAAUUUCAGUAGGUUUUUAAAAUAGUGUGUCAACUGAAAGAUACUUUGAUUUUUUUUCUACAACUUUUUCACUUUACAUUGUGGCAUUAAUGUCUUAAACCGAGGUAAUGCAUACCAACAAGAAAUCCUAUACAUGUACAUGUUUGAAGAUUUCUGCAUUGUGGUUAUGAGACUUUGACCUUUGUAACUUUAUAACAGAACAGGUGACAUUUAGCAUCAACACUUCUUCUGUGGAUGUAAACUUCAAAGGCACUAAAUUCCUGGAUCCGCCUAGCGGAAAUGAUUGCUUACCAAGUUUUUGUGCUAAGCGGAAUUUAGCCGAGAACCGGUCACAGGCAACGCACACUGCAUGGCAGUUAAGCUGGUAACCUGUUUUUGUGAAUUCUGUGCUUAGCUGCUCAUGAAAUGGCCCCUACAGUUUUGACCGAACACAAGUAUGGUGACCUAUGUACAUGUAAUUGUAAUUCAUUCGUUUUUCAAUAUUGCUGCACGGAAAGCUUUGGUAAUUUCCCUUGUGAUGAUAGCCAAGCGUUUUCCAAGGACCCAACCCUUAAAGUUGCAUUUCCCGUGAUCUUAAACAAUUUGUGUUUGUUCUAUUCCAACAAACAAAUCACCUUUUUUUUCCAAACCUCUGGAGAAAAAAAAAUUGUUUUUGGCACAAACAGAUCCACUUUGCUUUGUAUUGAUAGAAAAACGAGCAUUUUAGAAAAGGAAUGCAUUUUUCAAGACGAAACUCUAAAAAUGGCACGGGGAAUGCAUUUUUUUAUUAUGUUACUGCAAUUCAAAACUGUAGAAUUUUUUGCAUCGGUUAAUGCAAAUUAUUAAUUCAAGACCUAUGUAAACCAUUUGAAAUCUAAGUCUGAAACUAAAAAGAAUUUAAAGAAAAAACGUGUAAUGGUAGAUAUGCAAUCAACCAAAUGCAGCCCUUUGACUUUUUGCAUUUCAUAGUGAUUCAUAAUUUUGUACAAAAUUUGAGGAAUAUGUAUAGGCUUUGAUGUAGACAAAA